AUGAGAUUGACCACAGAAGAAAGACUUCAAUACAUCUAUGCAAUAAAAACUGCGAGAAGUGAUCCACGUUACAGCAAAAAAUUUUACGAUUUGGGGUACUUUCACACCGUUAAUUUUUGUAAAGAACUUCAUUGCAAAGUGAGCCUCCUACCUUGGCACCGUUGGUUUAUUCUGCAAUAUGAAAAUUUGCUAAGAGAAAUUGUUCCCAACAUUACAUUGGUGUACUGGGAUUGGAGCAUGGUGAUGGCAAAUCCAUUUAAUAUUGAUCUUUGGGAUGACAAUGAUUGGUCGUUUGGCGGAAACGGAGAUGGUGUUAAUAAUACAGUAAUUACUGGUCCAUUUAAGGAACCUGAAUGGAAAAUGGUUCCUGGAGUUGGUCGAUUUAGCAACUUACAAUUCAAAAGGAAAUUCAAUUACACGUACCCCGGACUUCCGAGCGCUUUACAUCUUGCCAUUCUGCUCAAAUUGAAACCUAAUGAGGCGCAGGAAUUCCUGGACGUCUUACUAGGUUGGCACAAUAAUUUUCAUAGCAAAGCGUUUGGGUUUGUAAGUACAAUGUCUGACGAAUAUGCAGUUUGGGCGCCGGAGUUCUUUUUGCAUCAUGCUUUUCUUGAUAAAUGUUGGACUGACUGGCAAGAACAGGGAUAUGAUUAUCAAUUUCUCCCGUUCUUCACGGAUCAGACUAGGCAUAUGUAUGGGACACACUACUUGCCUAUAGAUUUCGUCGAUACUAAAUACCAACAGGGAAAUGUAUGUGUGACAUAUGAAAGAUCUAAACAAGAAUGGAUACACAAAUUGCUCAGAAGUAAGUAUAAACGGAUUCUAACAGUAAAUUGAUUUCCGCUUGAUGUUUGGAUAAUAAAGUAUAUACGAAAGCAUAAGGACCAAUAUAUAAACACUUAGAAUCAUCUGCAACUGACAAUGGGAGGCUAGUUUCUUUAGAUCUACAAUUAAGCAUAUCACUUAGACAUGAGAAAAAACAGAGGCACUAAAACGGAUCCCUAUGGCAUUCCCGAUGUUACUGGUAAAUAACAUAUAUGUCUCACUAUUGAUCACCACUCUAUGUCGUCGACCUAACAAAUACGACCGAAAACCAAGAUAAUAAAUUUACCCUGAUGCCAAAAGAUUCAAGUUCAUACAGGAAUUUACUAUGAGCGACUUUGUCAAAGGGUUUCUCAAAGUCUAAAUAUAUAGGCAGUGACGUAGCCAGCAUUUCUAGCUGAGAGGGGGGGGCAAAAAAUCCUGGGAGGGACCCAAGCAAUUUUAUCCUGCGCUAUAGUUAGAAUAAAGUUUGUGUAUUAUUAUUAUGUGGAAAUGUAUUUGGACUCCCAUGAUAUAUCUAUCCAUAAUAUAAUAAUAUACAUAGUACGUACGAUGAACUUUUAGGGGGUCCGGGAGAAUGCUCCUCUGGGAAAAUUUUUCAAAUUCUAGAGUUGGUAAAGUGCUAAUUGAAGGUAAAAUUUUUAAUGCGUUCUGGUAAUUAAAUUAUAACCAUUUAACACAUAACAUUCAUCACAACUCGACUUAAUGACAAACGAAUCCAGAACAUUUAAAACAUAGGCAGCACAUGCUUGUAUUGGCUGGUCAGAACUUUAACAACUUUUCCAAAGGGGGCCCAAUAUUUUGUCACUGUAACCUGCUUGCACUUAGCUGGAAACUAUAUGGUAUACCCGACUUAGCUGAAAAUUACUCCCCCUCCAUAAAAAAUAGAACCCGUUCGCCGCCGCUGUAAAAGAAAGUUAUAGCAGAGUUGAAACCCAUCAAUGAUUUAUGUUUCAAUGGUGUCAUGGCGGGUGCUUGGUUGGUAGUGGCCAUCCGACUAAUCUCGGAAAAUAUUGCACAUUUUCAGUAGUGGAUUGAAGUGGAUUAGGCGAGAUUUUUAAUAACUUACUGACCUAGAGUGAGGGCAGCACGGGAAAAUAUCCAACCGGAGACUUGCUGUAUAUUGACCGAGCGAUAGCGAGGUCAAUACAGCAAUACCUAGCGGUUGAGGUCAGUCUCGGCAAAUAAAAUUUGGAGCUCUUCACCAUCUUGACUGUUUCAAAUUAAUACAAAACCCAAUUCAGUUUUAAUUUUAAAAUUUCAUUCAGUGUAUGUUAUUUUGUCCAUUUUCUUACCCUUAAAAAUUUCCAUUCCAUAUUUUUGUUGCUUUUUCGAUUUUUUUAGUACAGAAUUGUUCAACAAGUCGUCCAAAACAUCAUCAGACACUUCGGCAAAAGUGCAAAACGCAAAUUUUCCGCCAUUUUGAAUUUUCUAUUAGUAGGCUAUCACUAAUAGCCUACUGAGUAGCAUAGCCAAUCAGAAGCCACGAUAUGUGAUAGCCUACUAGUAGGUUUAUACUAAUAAUAAUUAUUCACAAAUAUAACAUUUAAUCGAUCUAAAUCGUAAAUUCGCGCCAUUCUAAAAACGCAUUCUGUUACUCUUUUUAGACUUAACUAUAGACCAACUAAGAGAUAUCAGAGGACUAACGUUCCCACCAUUUGAAAGUGAGCAAGUCAGAAAAUUACUAACAAAUCAUUCAACUUAUGUUGAUGUUAUUGCUGAGUUCAACAGAAAAUAUAAACUUCGUAAUCCAAUAACUUUGGACGAGCUUGAUGGAACAGAUCGAGAACGAGGUUUUCGCAUUCAUGAUUUAAUAGAAAUGUAA